UACCAACCAACCAAAAAUUCCAAAGCGUGUAUAUAUAAAUAAAUCCGGAGGACUCCAUUGGCAAGUUGCCUCUCUCUCUCUCAAACACUCUCGCAGCGUCUCUACAGACUAAGAAUACAUCAGCAGCAUUUCGAUUACGGUAAUGACAAAGGUAUUCCCCAACAACGUAUCUGAGAGGCUCAAUUCCACCCCGUGCUCCCCCGACGGGAAUGGGGACGCGGCAAUCCUAACGGUGUGGAAGAAGUCUCUGCUGUUGAACUGUAACGGAUUCACGGUAUUCGACGGCAAGGGGAAUCUGGUGUUUAGAGUGGAUAACUACUUGGCCGGCCAUAAGGGUGAGAUCGUUCUCAUGGACGCUGGGGGCAAGCCUCUCCUCACCAUCCGGCGCAAGAGGUUGAGCCUAGGGGACAACUGGCUGGUGUACGAUGGAGAGACGGCCGUGAAUCCCAGAUUUUUGGUGAGGAAGCAGGUGAAUAUUCUCAACACAAAGUGCUUGGCCAACGUCAGCUCAGGCAGUAACAGUAACAACGACAACGAUGAGGAAAGUGGGAUUACUUGCUCAUCAUCAUCCACCUCCAGCAAGAACCUUUUAUAUCAGAUCGAGGGUUCCUACACACAACGAUGCUGCGCGGUGUUGGACAAAAAGCGGAGACGCGUGGCAGAGAUCCAGAGGAAGGAGUCCGUGGGAGGAAUGACCUUCGGCCUCGACGUAUUCCGCCUCGUUGUACAGCCUGAAAUCGACGCACCGCUCGCCAUGGCACUGGUCAUUCUUCUAGACCAGAUGUUCGGAUCUUCCAGACGCCUUUCCCAUUAAUUAGAUUCCACCGUACCGCUCAAGCAAUUGGAUCGAACCGACCGAACGGAUCAUCCUUCGUUAGCUACACACCAACCGCACUACCACGUACAGCUACCGCCACAGCUCAUGGCACUAUGGCAGGACCAUUUUUCGUCUUUUUUUUUUUUUUUUCCGGUAUGGAUAUAUAUAUCUUCCCAACCCUUCUCUUUUUCUUUCUGGGUUUUCUGUUCCACUCCCCCACCUCCCCCCCUUUUUUCCUUUUUUGUAAGAAGAUGGAUGCUUGGUUUUUUCCUUUUAUAUAAAAAACCAGGCUCCAACUGAGGAGGUAUAUAAUUCUUCAAAAACAGGAGAACAAAAUAUGGCAGAGU